UAUAAAGUAGCGGCGCAUUGCGGCGGAGCGUCACAAUCCUCUUGCUUCUCUCGAACGAAGGAUACCUGUCAGCCGAGCAACAUGUCUGGUCGUGGAAAGGGUGGCAAAGUCAAGGGAAAGGCGAAGUCUCGUUCCAACAGGGCGGGACUGCAGUUCCCCGUGGGCCGUAUUCACCGAUUGCUGAGGAAGGGAAACUACGCCGAGCGCGUUGGCGCCGGUGCACCGGUCUACCUGGCUGCGGUUAUGGAAUAUCUUGCCGCUGAAGUAUUGGAGUUGGCCGGCAACGCCGCCCGUGACAACAAGAAGACCAGGAUCAUUCCCCGUCACUUGCAACUCGCCAUCCGCAACGACGAGGAGUUGAACAAGCUGUUGUCCGGCGUGACCAUUGCCCAGGGUGGCGUCCUUCCGAACAUCCAGGCCGUGUUGCUACCCAAGAAGACUGAGAAGAAAGCAUAAUUAUAAUCCGGCAUCCAUCACAAAUGGCCCUUUUCAGGGCCACAAAAUUUUAUGACGAAGGAACAGUCUUGUUUAGCAUCCUUAACCUUAAGUGUUUUCGUACUAUUUUCCGUUUUCUCUUUUACAACUUUAAAAAUGAUGCUUUGCACACAUAGUAGAUUAGUAGUCCUGUGUGAAAUCGAUUUCAACAUUGCACACGUAUUGUUACUUGUUCAAUAGAAUAUCCGUGAAGAUUUUCGUAUAUAAGGUUAGAAAAUUGGCUCGGUGCUCUUCGUUCUUAUUUUAUUUAGAAAUUUAAUAUCUUCAGUUCGAUACCUUUAUGCCCGUUUCUACCAGCGCAGCUUAACUUUAAUCUCUGUUCAACUUUACAUCUUUUUCUAGUUUUACGAAUAUGAGAGAUAAGUAAUUUAUACGGAGAUCAAAGUUAUUUGUAUUGGGGGUAGAAACGAACGUUAUAGAAGUGCUUUUAUACAAAUGUGGAUUAUGUUUUCUAUAACGUUAUUUCUCUAAAAUUGAUUGUGCUCGGCUUGUAAAUUUAGGUAACAUGGUAUAUGAGAUUUAAACCUUUGCAGUUGCUUGUGUCUCACUUGCGUUUAUAUAUUUAUCCAGUAAAAUAUCGGGAAACGGCUUCAUAUUCGACUAAGGCACAUCAUGUGAGCACAAUGUAUCACGAAAUGGCGUUGGAAGAGAAGUGUUCCUGCCAUUGUUUUCAUCAAAUAUCGUACAAAGAAACGCGACUAUUCCGUACCGCUUACACAAUGUUUAUACCAUGAAUUUAAUUGUAAUAUUUAUUUAGAGAGAAUCGCGCGCUACACAUACUCUGGACAAUAAAAUUGUUCUCAUCAUAAUUAGUAAAAAUAGCUAAUUGUAAGAUUAGACAGUGCUUCAUGAAAUACGAUUCGUUUAAUUUACGUCUUGAAUUUCAUCGCGAGAUCGUAUAAUUUUGUUACAAGAUCAUAAUUCGUUUCAAUAUGAUUACAUCGAAAAUACAUGUAAUUUCGUAGCAUGUUCGUUAAAUCAAUUGUUGAA